CCCGCGCGACCGGAGGCUCGCCCCCGGCGUCUGCAGCCGCGAUGAACCGGAGCGGCGGCAGCCCGUCGGCCGCCGCCAACUACCUGCUCUGUACCAACUGCCGGAAAGUGCUGCGGAAGGAUAAAAGAAUCAGAGUAUCGCAACCUUUGACAAGAGGACCAAGUGCCUUUAUUCCAGAGAAUGAAGUUGUCCAAGCAAACACAGUGGAUGAACGAACAAACUUUCUUGUGGAAGAGUAUUCUACAUCUGGUCGCCUGGAUAAUAUCACCCAGGUGAUGAGCUUGCAUACUCAGUACCUGGAGUCUUUCCUGCGGAGUCAAUUCUACAUGUUGCGCAUGGAUGGUCCCCUUCCUCUACCAUACAGGCACUACAUUGCAAUUAUGGCUGCAGCUAGACAUCAGUGUUCUUACUUAAUAAACAUGCACGUUGAUGAAUUCUUAAAGACUGGAGGUAUAGCUGAAUGGUUGAAUGGCUUGGAAUAUGUACCACAAAGACUGAGAAAUCUUAAUGAAAUUAAUAAGCUGCUAGCACACCGACCCUGGCUGAUCACGAAAGAACAUAUUCAGACGCUUGUCAAAACUGGAGAGAAUAAUUGGUCUCUGCCUGAGCUGGUGCACGCUGUGGUCCUCCUCGCGCACUACCACGCGUUGGCGAGCUUUGUUUUUGGUAGCGGCAUCAAUCCCGAGCGAGAUCCAGACAUCUCCAAUGGACUCCGGCUGAUCUCGGUCAACAACUUCUGCGUCUGUGACCUUGCUAAUGACAACAACAUAGAAAAUGCUUCCCUAACAGCCAGCAGCUUUGGGAUUGUGGAUUCUCUAAGUGAGCUAGAAGCCUUAAUGGACAGAAUGAAAAGGCUUCAAGAAGAAAGAGAAGAUGAAGAGGCAUCUCAGGAAGAAAUGACCACUCGUUUUGAGAAAGAAAAGAAAGAAAGUCUUUUUGUGGUCUCUGGAGACACUUUCCAUUCAAUUCCUCAUUCAGAUUUUGAAGAUGACAUGAUCAUAACAUCUGAUGUCUCUCGGUAUAUUGAAGACCCUGGUUUUGGAUAUGAAGACUUUGCCAGGAGAGGAGAAGAACAUUUGCCAACAUUCCGAGCUCAGGACUAUACAUGGGAAAAUCAUGGGUUCUCCCUGGUAAACAGGCUUUAUUCUGACAUUGGACAUCUUCUGGAUGAGAAGUUCCGCAUGGUCUACAACCUCACCUAUAAUACCAUGGCCACCCAUGAGGAUGUGGACACGACCACACUACGCAGAGCAUUAUUCAACUAUGUUCACUGUAUGUUUGGAAUCAGGUAUGAUGACUAUGAUUAUGGAGAAGUUAACCAGUUACUUGAAAGAAGCCUGAAGGUUUACAUUAAGACAGUGACCUGCUAUCCUGAAAGAACUACAAAGCGCAUGUAUGACAGUUACUGGAGGCAAUUCAAACACUCAGAAAAGGUUCACGUGAAUCUGCUCUUAAUGGAAGCGCGGAUGCAAGCCGAGCUCCUUUAUGCCCUUCGUGCCAUCACUCGGCACUUGACCUGAAGCAUCAGCAGGGAAAAUGUCACAUGUGUAAAGACCUUUCACACAAGAUUUACGUCAGAAGUUGUUCGUGAUAGAGCAUCAAAAUCAUUCAGUUCUCUAGUGUCAAGGUUUAGCCGUUGUUUUUUUGUUUUUUGUUUUUUUUUUUCUUUGCGGCUGUAAUGUGCAAUGAUGUGUUUUAUAUUUCUUGAUGCUUAACAUUACUAACAAUUGCAAAAACAAUACUGAGGAGCACUACUUUGCAUUGUUUAUAGAUGGAUUUUUGGGUCUGACCAUAAAUAUGAACCUGGUUUGUGAAUGCUUAACUUCAGUGCUUUGGGGUUUGUGUGUAUGUGUACUUUUUUUAAUUUACUUUAAAAAAUAAGGAAAAGCGCUUACAAUCUGCUCAAGGAAUUGUUUUUCAAAUGUUGGAAUUCAUCAGAGAAUGACCUCCCUGGUCAUUCUGCAAUGUUCUUGUUGUGUCCUAAAUCUGGUGGAGGAAAAGCAUGCGCUGUUGAACCAAGCUGCUCACAGGAUACAAAUUGUGUCCCCUGGAGAUUGUCAGGCACUGUUCUUGUUUGUUUGUUUUCCUGGGUUUUGUUUUUUACACUGCUAUUGGCGAUGACGUGAAAUGUGAUACAGACAUUGUCCAUAAUUUAAUGUGAAAUUAAUCAUGAUUAAUUCUAUAGCAUGCUACUGAAAUGCCAAAUUCAGCUAUUUUCUUUUUCUUAUAAAACAGAAGUCUCAGUUUUCCAUAUCAGAUGUAUAUAUGAAGUGGAAUUAUGCACAAUCCUUCAAUCACUGACAGUAGUCCUCCAUCACCUAGAGUACUCAGUGCCACAGUGCUGCUCAGAGUCCAUUCAGUUGGCACAUACAAACCCAGAUUCACACAAGACUGACCAAAAAUAUUCUUUGCACAUUUUUCCUUUCUCUUAAUUUUUUUUUAAUAUUGCAGCAAAGGAAGGUUAAUACACCUAUAUUUUUUCCUGUUAGAAUUUUGGAAAUUGUUUUGCAUGAUUUUCUUAUAAUAAGUUAAACAGUUUAUUAUUCAAAGGUAAAAAAUGUGUUUCUAUGCAUUAAUGUGAUUGAGCAACAACAACAAAAAAGAGUGCAAUAUGUUUAAGAAAAGUCAACUAAACUUUCCCCAGUCAUGUCACUGCAGAAGUGCCCUUUUGAUAGAGCCAUAAAGAAAUUUUCUUCAAAUUUCUUUAUUGUGCUAGACUUUUUUUUUCAGUUGUACCUUCCAGGGAUUGAACAAUGUUCUUUUCAUAAUGCCAAAGCAUUCCCUUCCUCUGAAAAAUCUCUUUGGACAACUGGUUAAAUAUAUAUAUAAAUCAAGUCAUAGGGGAGAAAAAAAGCAGCCAAAAAGUCACAUUUUUGCAUUGAUUUAUGUUGCUUGGUUAGACCAUCUUCAGAGAGCACAACUUUAUGUGUUAAUAGCUUUAAUUUGCAUUAUGUUAAUGAUCCAGUGAAGUGCCUAAAGAGAUGCUUACAACGAUCCAAUAGGACACAACUGCACUGCGUAAACACUUUUUGGUUAAUUAAGGGUGACUUGAAUCUUUCACACACAUGCUAAUUUUCAAAACAUGUCCAUGUUUUCAUAGUAAAUCAUAUAGUCAAAAUAUUCCAUGAUAGUUCCCACAGAGAUUUCAUUUUAGAGUUCUUCACUUACUAUAGAGGAUGUACUCUUUUCUCUUAUGAGAGAAUUGUGGGCUGGUGUUUUAUGAAGUCAUUCUCCCUUCUGUUCAUUAUCCUUUUCUGGUACAAUCCUUGAGUUUAUUUUCCCUUAGGUUUUGUUCCAGAGGGGAACACAAAGAUAACUGUAGACCUGCUGACAUGAGGCAGCUCUGCAUUUUUGGAUUCCAGGAUCUUAUUUAAAAAUCUUCCAGUGAGCAAAAAGUCAACUUUUUUUUAAAGACAGGGUGGUGUAUUUAAAGAAAUUAUUCCAAAAAAAACUUGUGCCAGACUCCUUUGUUUCAUUUAUUACAUAUACUAUAUAUUUUCUUCAAUAUCACAUUAUUCAAUAUGUACUAACUACAAGGAAAGUAUUUAGAAUGGCAACACACAUGGCAGCAUAAAUAUCCAUUUAUUUCCCCAAUUUUAGGACUUUUGAGUUUAGGAUAUCUUUUAUUCUUGCAUUUUUUAAUUAUUAGAAUUUUUGUGCAAGUGAACUGUAUUUCAGGAUGUAAGUUUUUCCAUAUUGACAAGGAUGUAAAUUCUCAUAGAAUACCAUAUGAGCUUUAGACCAAAAGGGUGUCUAAUUAAGUAACUAAAACAACCACUUGCUUUUUUAAAUUUUUUUUUGUUUUUGCCCAGAAAUGUAAGUAGUUUGGGUUAUGGAAAUAUUAGUGCCUUUAAUAGAUCGCUUUCCUUGCAAAGUUUUUUUUUGUUUUGUUUUGUUUUUUUAGUUCAACAAACCUAUAAACAAUCAGGAAAAUAAGUUGACUGGGAACUCUCAACAAAAACCUAGCAGUGUGUUUAUGAGCCUCAGAGAACCAGCCUAAGCUGGCCUGUGAAGGUGCUGCUACCACCAGCUGCAGCAGCGCAGCACUCCCGGGUGUGGACACCGUCUUACCACAAGUUUGCUGCAGUUUUCUUUAUCCAGUGUAAACUUGAAAUUCUGAUGCGGUUUUCCAGGGUGGUAUUUUUUCAGAGUAUUGAAUUUACUAUGUAGUAAUUUAUAGUGUAGCUUUUUAUAUUAAAAUGUGAUAUUUUUUAAAAAAAGAGAUAUCUGGUUCAAUUGGUAUAAUGAUGUGAUCAUAUGAUAUGCUAACCUAUACCUGGGGCUCACAUUGUGCCAAACAUAAAUGUGCAAGUAUAUGUGAAAAAGCACAUCUGAAUGUGAAUUCCUUAAUUCCCUGCUUAAUAUGUUAAAAUCAGUCUAAUAAUCCACUGAUAUAUAUGCUUGAACAAUGUCUAUUUACUUUGGAAUUUCAAGUUUACCAGCUAUGAUGAUAAUUCUUAAUUUCUCAGAUUACCUUAAGAAAUAUCAAGAGAGUCAGACAUGACAGUGCACACCUGUAAUCCCAGCACUUGGUAGGCUGAGGCAGGAGGAGGGUAUGUCUGAGACCAGCCUGGGCUACACGGUGUCACCCUGUCUCAAAAACUAAAAAGAAAGAGGAAAAGAAAUAUGGAAAUACUUUCCCACAUGCAAACAAAUCUGCUCUUUAACCCACUUGCCUUUGGAGUGUCCAGAGUGACCCUUGGCUUGGCUCCUUCAGACCAGUCCUACUCAGGUAGACCUGUAAUAAUGGGAGGGAAAGAAGCUUUUGAGAUGGGACUGCUUCACCUUUUUGAACUAAGUACAUUGUCUCAGUCCAAAGAAGAGUUUGUCCCACUUGGGGUACUCUGUAAGUAAAAGAUAACUAACAUAGAAUCUAGAUCAUUACCUUGUCCUUUACUUAUUAUUUUAAACCCAAAUAAUGGCAGAGGUUAGCAGGGCUAGUUUUAGAACAGAAAACCCAACGUAAGAUUAAUAUAAAAAAAAUGAACCAGAGUCCUACUUUGUUAUGUCUCUUAAAGAUUUGACAUACUUCUAAAAUCUGAUUAAUGUUAUUUCAGAGAAACUUUUUCUUGUCCUGCCUUAUAAUGUUUUGAUAACUAAAAUCUUAAACUUUUAUGCUGCAACAAAGUAAACUUACCAGCAAACAAUUAAAGAUCUGAACUUAAAGUAGUUUUCCACUUUUAGUGGCAAGCGCAAGUCUAUAUGGUGUUAGGUUAUUUAAACUCUUAAAAUAAGGAAAAAAAACAAAUUCCAGUGCAUGUUAUAAAGCUGGUAUGCACUGUGGUAGUAAAAUGAGUUUUUUUAUUUUGUUUUAUAUUGUGUUUUUAAAGACAAUUUUAAAUUAAUUCUCUGAAAAGCAAGACUAUAAAUUUCUUAUCUCAUAGAUCUUCAUAUUUAUGAAAAGAAUGGUCUUGCAUGGAAUAAAUCUGUAUGCAACAAUAAUGCUGUAUAAAUAGUAUAUGGAAUGUUUUUAGUAGUACAGUUCAACAGCAAGAAGAAAGAUAUUUGGCUCCUCUGUUCAGAUGGAGUUUUAGGUUACAAAAUUUGUGUAAUCAGAACCAGUUCUAGGUGGUCGUCAUCCUGAAUUGUUUUCCUACUAUACCUCUGUGGAGACUGAGAAUCAAAUUAAGUAGUCUUUCUCAAAGCAGUGCUAUAAUGUGAAUGUAUUUCCCCCACUCACUAGAACUUCAGUGCCCACUGUGUGUGUAGGUUAUUUCAGUGCUAAUUUGGCUCUGUUAACAGUACCUGCUUAGGUGAGACCAAGAACAAAAGCAGCUGGUGUAAAGUGGAUUUAGAGGUGGAAGUAUAUGUCAAGGCAGAGCCCUGUGAGGAAGUAAACAUUUCCAAGAACAUGUGAACCAUGCUGAGAUUGUGGGUGUCCUCAGCUUCACAUACCUAGUGUAAAGGAAAUACUUUGCGAAUGGGAACUCCUGCCUGCACCGGCCACCCUUCCCUGCCUGCUUUCCCUUCCUCCAAGUGCCUCAGCCACUACACGUUCCCUCUCCUCCAGUUCCCCCAGUCUUGUCUGAAUGCCUUUCACAAUCCAAACCAAACAUCACCAGCCACCUGAUGAUCAUCACCAGCAAGUCCUUUUCUGAGUUCCUUUUUUCCAUCCAUUAAGGUACAGCUUCGUCCCAGCACCCUCCGCAUCUUUCCACCAUCCAUAUUUUGACUGACUUUUGCCCUAGACACUCUAGCAGAUGUUACACAGCAUCAGGUAUAACUCUGUCCACCCAUACUGUUUCACCCCUUUUCCCAGCUGCCAAAAUAUCUUGCUCUCCUCUACCUCAUCCCUAAAGAGCCUAUAAAUUCAGAGUAUCCAACCCUUUCAUGGGUUUAGUGUCUGUUGUUCAGUAAUACUACUUCCAUAUUUUAAAAAAAUCAUAUAAGAUUUUUGCCUUCUAUUAAAGUAGGAAUCUUUAUAUUUGUACAUGAUACAGAAAUUGAACUAUUUCUACCAUGCAGAACUUAACAUUUAGCAGGAUUUAAAAUGAUUGAAUUUCCAUCCUAACUUGGGUCUAUAUUAGAUAAUGAAUCCUGGUUUUAGUCCAAGUUAUUCAAAUAUAGAAUUAAAAUUCUCCAGUGAUCCAGAUUGACCUGUAAUCCUUGUCAGGACAGGAAAUUUUGGUACACAAUGAGGUAGUAUUUAAGAUACUUGUUUUAAUUGAUGUUGUUUGGGCCUUAAAACACAUUUCUCAUAAGAGGACAUAUGACAGAAGGUGUUUAUAGGGUCAGACUGGAUCCCAUAAGAUGAUUCCAUUUAUAAUGUACUUAAAAUCCCACAAAACUGCGUACAUAAGAAUGAGACCAGGGUUUCCUUGGUUAGGCUACUCUUCUAACCCCAUUUUUGCUACUUUGUUCUUACCAGAAGAAAACAUGAUCUAUGGAAUGAAAUGGGAAUGUACUGAUUUCUGUAGUCCUGAUCCCCCUUGCUGCACUUAAGGUAUGUUCAGACAGUGCACAUAGGAAAGACAGAAGAAAUUUACAGGGGAGGAAGUGCAGUCUCCCCAUUCUAGUCAAUUUGCAUUUGGUGUUUUUCACAGAAGUAAAACAGUGUCAGGCUUCAAACAGAAAAUGUUGAUAUGUCGCUGGUGAAGUGUGGAAGUAUAGCUCAAUCUGAUCUCUGACAUUUCCAUCCCAGUCAUGAGCACCCCAACUUGACGGUGUCCUAGAAAUGCCUUUAAGGGCUCAAGAGUAAAACAAUGACUUAGUUAGGAAAUAAGAUUUGGAGUCUAAAAGAUUUAUUAAAUGGUACAUCCUGAAGUAUUAAUACUAGCUCUAACCUAAUAAUGAAGUAUCACCACCAGACUUGAGAAGAAAAAAUAUAUAGGGGGGGGAAGAGAAUAUCUGUUUCUUUUGAAUGCUUGCAGAAAUCUUUGCAACAAUGUAGGGCAUGCCCUAAAAUAGCCUGUAGAACGAAUGUCCCAUGCUCCAGUUCACAGGACAGCAGCAAGCAUCAGAAAUUUAAAUAUGAUAAAUAUAAUUUUGGUAUAUAAAAUUUUGCUAAAACAGUCUAUUUUCUUGUACCACUCAAUUUAACCUCUUAAAAUGAAUGUAUAAUUUCUAUAGAAAGAAUAUUAAAGAGGGAGAGAGAAUCUCUGGUCUUUAUUGUUAAAGAGUUAUUCAUGAAUACUGAGUUAAAUGUGUACAUCAUGACCCAGCAUAAUACUAAUUACACAUCUCUUUCUUAACCAAUCUUUGCAAAUUUUCAGCUGGCUCUUCCAAGCCUGAUAAGAAAAAAAAAGAAAAAAAAGGAUGGGAUGAAGGAAAUGUAUCAGUUGGGGAUGGGCAAAAUUUUUCUUUUAUGAAGUUCAGACUAUCCUUUCUCAAUUUCACUGGUUCUCCCAAAUAGAAGCUAAGUUAAAUGGUACCCUUGAUUGCCAAGGAAAGUGAACCAAACUCUGUAUCUAGUUCUAGUAACUUCCUUUGCCUUCAUCUGUCUUCUUGGAAAAGAAGGAAAAAAAAUUCUUUCCUCUUUCUCUUCACAUUUCCUCUUUAAACCUAAAAUAAGAUAGGCAUUGAAAGCGAAUCGCGGGCCACUUUGGCAUUUUACUGAUGGUAAUUGAAUAGGCACCCCCAUGUGCAGAGUGUAGGCAAGGUUAAUAUCCUGGUUAGGUCAUCUUGGAAUGUGGCCCUGCCACUUGGAUUAGCUCCUUCAAACCUGAAAAUAACUUUCCUGGUCAUGGAAGAACUGGAUGUAUCCUUUAACUUAUGAAUAAGGAUUUGAACUUGAAAACUUUUUUAAUCCUGAUCUUGCAGGGCAGCUACAUAAUGAAUGUAUAUAUUAAGACUUUGUAGCUGAAUUGCACAUGAAAUCAUAUUGCCAACUUCUUGACUUUCAAUUGUAGACAUCAUUUUAUUAUCCUUAAGUUGUGAGCAAUAUAUGUAGCAUGCUGUGAAAUGUCUGUUCUAGUUCUUGAAUUCAUCAGUAUUAAUGCAGACUUAUCUUUUGCGUUCCUUGGUACUUUUUAUUCAAUGUAAUCAGAAGCUGUGAUGUCUUGCCUUUAUAGUCCUGUGCUUUGUUACUGUAAUUCUUUUUUUUUCCCUUUUUUACAAAGCACGUGACUUGGACUAAUGUAAGGCAGAUGACGUGAUCUUUAAGACUGCUAUAUAUAUAUCAGUCUCUUACUCUAUAAGGUUUAAAAUUAGAAUAAGCUUUUCUCAAAUAUAUCUUUGAUGCAAUUUAGGAUCCACACAAGUUUCAUUGUCAGAUGGCAGUCUUAUAUUUAUCGUUCCAAUUCUGAAAAUAGAAAACUUAAUGAACAGCCACUUUAAAAUUGUUCUUGAAAACCAGACCCUGCUGUAGAUAUAGUCUAAGGUAGUUAACCACAUAAGCCUUGCAGCUCCUGAUGCCCUCCACAUGAGUCAGCAGUUAAGGAGAUUGUAGAAUACAUGAAAGCUUUUUCUAUGUAUAACUAGGUUUGAUUUUUCCUAUGUUGCUGAUUUUACAGUUCUGACUAAAGCUGACCAGAAUGGAUCAGCUUAUGUGUAAUAUUCUAGUGCUUUACUGCCUCUUUCUUGUUGGUUUUUCUCUUGGAGGGAUGGGUAAUGCUAUUUGAACAGAUGCAGAAGGAACUGUUAGUGAAUCAAGACAAACACAUCUGAAAUAAAGGAACUGUGUAUUAACAUGUUAACAAUUCAUAACUGCACUUUUUAUGACAUUUUGAAAAUCUAUUUAUAGGUACAGAACAAUGGGUUUUGUUAAACUGUAUCACAUUUAUACCUGCAGAAAUUUAUUUCAUUGUUAUUAGUAGGAAUUUUAUUGGUUCAAUAAAAUUGGCAAAACUGAA